AUUCCUAUCAAAAGUACUAUGGACAACACCACAACCAUUCAGUAUGCUGGCCUAAUGCACAGCUUCAUCAUGAAGGCAAGGAGCACUGUGCGAGACAUUGAUCCCCAAAAUGACCUCACAUUCCUGCGGAUCCGCUCCAAGAAAAAUGAAAUCAUGGUUGCUCCAGGUAAGAGGAAGUAGGCUGAAAGCAGGCAUCAGAGCAUCCAGCAGAUACUUCUCUUGUGAGGUCUGUCAAAGUCACUUGUUGGUUUCUCUGUGGUAGAGAAGAAAAGAGAAAAGAAUUCUGCAUGCUGCUCUUAUUCAUGUUACCUACUCUGUUCUUUUCCAAAGGCUUUGUCCUUCAUUGCUUUCUUCAGUUGGAAACUUAUCACUGACCUUAGUUUGCUUUUUCA